AUGAACAUCUUCGAAGCAUUGGCCACCUUCCACAGUCGCCGUCGGCUGCAAGACGAGGCCUCCCGGGAAUUCGUGUCGCUAGUAGAUAAGUUCGAUGGGCGGUUUGCGAGCUUGGAGUCGGUGUACAGGCGGACGCGGGAAGAUGGAGCUGCAGAGGCACGGACACUGGCUGAGGAAAGGCUGAAGAAGUUAGAAGGCUUAGCCUGCACGGCUGGAACCCUUUUCGCGCAGCUGGAGGACCUAAGACACGAACAAGAAUCAGCUGCGGCUGUACGGGAGGAGCUUAUUCCUCCACCGACAGAGCCUUCAUCCAAGGUGCCUCCAGCGACACAGCCAUCAGACCAGCCGCCCUUGCUUCCUCCUGCACAGCCUACGACUGAGAGUCUGACUCUUGUAGAGUGUGAAGAAAAAUGCUUUGCUGCAGAACUUAAGAGUCUGCGGCAACAGCGAGACGAUGCACAAGCUGCAGAGAAGGCGGCAAGAAGCCAUGCAGAGCAACUGGAGAGGGAAGCUGCAAAGGCUACAGAGGCGGCCGCCAAGGACGAGGAAGAGCGAAGACGCAGGGAGAACGAAAAGGCGAAAGAGUUUGCAAAGAGGGUAGAGGAACAGCAGCAAUGUCGCGAAGCCGCCGAAAAGGCGGAGAAGGAUGCGAGGGCUCAGCAAGAGCAGCAACAGGUCGCAGCCGCCAAAGCUGCGGAGCAUGCUGCCGAGGCUGAGGCAGAACGACAGAAGCUUGGCCAUUUGAAGGAUGUCGCAGAACAGGCUGCAGAGCUUGCCGCUAUCGUUGAGGAUCUGCGACGAAAGCGUGAAGCUGCGCAGGCUGAGGAGGAAGCUGCAAAGGUGAAGGAGAAGGAAUGGCAGCGACAAGCCGCGGAGGAUGCAAAGGCUGCCGCAAGGGAAGAAAAAGAUCGGAAGAAGAGGGAGGCAGCGGACGCUGCAAAGGCUUCUGCCAAAGUAGAGAGCGAGCGAAAGAAGCGGGAAGCUGCACAGGUUCAAGAGCAUGCUGUGAAGGCUGAGGAGGAGGGAUGGAAACGGCAAGCUGCAGAGGAUGCAGAGAAGGCUGCGAGAAAAGAGGAAGAUCGACGAAAGAAGGCAGCGGCAGAAGCUGAGAAGGCUGCCUUGAACAUUGAGGAAUGCCGUAAGCAGCGAGAGGCCGCAGAACAUGCCUUAGCCAAUGUACGGGAUCAGAAACAGCAAAGCAAGCUCGAAGCUGCAAAGGCAGCCGAAGAAGCCGCAAAGUUCAACAAGGAGCAAAAGGAGCGGGAAGCCACUCAGGCUGCAAAGGUGGCUGCAAAGGACAAAGAAGAACGGAUGAAGCAGGAAGCUGCAGAUGCCAAAGAGGCUGCUGCAAAGGUGAGCGAAGAGCAAAAGAACCGGCAAGCUGCAGAAGAUCGCUUGGAAGCGCUGGCCGAAAGUGCCGGAGAAGAUCAAAAGUCUGAGGCCGAGCAGCCAGAGGAAGCGGUUGCCGAAAGGAUCGAAGAAAUCGAAGAGCUUGUGAAAAAGGCUGUGAAGGAGGGCUUAGAGGAGCAUGCAGAGAACCAGCAG